AUGCUGGCACCAUCGCAAGGUGUUGGCCGCGCUGUGUGCCCGUGUCCCCGCGGCGGGCGCGCGGUGCGGUGCCGUGUCCCCGCAGCCAGGCCGGGCACUGCGCAGCGGUGCCGGUGCCGGUGCCGGUGCCGACGCCGUGUCCCCGCUCCCGCAGAGGUGCUGCUCAAGGUGCAGGUGUACGAGAGCGGCGCGCUGGCCCCGCUGGCCCAGGCCACCCUCGAGGUCUUUGGCAACCGCAGCUCCCUGGCCACCGGCACCACCGACCAUGAGGGCGCCGGCGUCGUGCCCGUCACCUACCGCCUGGGCACCUGGGUGCUCGUCACGGCCGCCCGCCGCGGCUACGUCACCGCCUCCGUGCCCUGGCGCGUCACCAAGCUGCCGCUUUACGCCUCCGUCAGCCUCUACCUGCUCCCCGAGCGCCCGGCCACCCUCAUCCUCUACGAGGACCUGGUGCAGAUCCUGCUGGGCUCCCCAGGAGCCCGCGGGCAGCCCUGGGUGCAGUUCCAGCGCAAGGCGGCGCGCCUGCCCCGCAGCUCCACGUACAGCCAGCUCGCCGCCUCGCUGACGGCCGCCACGGCCGACGCCGACCUGCGCGCCUUCCCCUGCUUCCUGGGCGCCGAGCGCAACGGCAGCGCCAACGCCUCGUGGCUGGAGCUGGCGCCCGUCGCCGCCGUCAGUGUGCACCUCUUCACGGGCAACGGCACCGAGGUGCAGCUCUCGGGCCCCGUCCACCUCUCCAUCCCGCUGCCCCCCGACAGCGGCGCCAUGGUGGCCACCAGCGUGCCGGCGUGGCGCUUCGACGGCAAGAGCGGCUUGUGGGUCCGCAACGGGACGGGCUUGAUCCGCAAGGAGGGGCGGCAGCUCUACUGGACCUUCGUCUCCCCCCAGCUGGGCUACUGGGCAGCGGCUCUGCCCUCUGCCAACACAGGGCUGGUGGCGAUGGCUGCGGGCAUGAAGGACAUCACCACGUACCACACCAUCUUCCUGCUCACCAUCCUGGGCGCCCUGGCCCUGCUCGUCCUCAUCCUGCUCUGCCUGCUCAUCUACUACUGCAGGAGGAGGUGUCUGAAGCCCCGGCAGCAGCACCGCAAGCUGCAGGUCUCAGGCACCCUGGACGCCUCCAAGAAGGACCAGGCCACGUCCAUGUCGCAGAUCAACCUCAUCUGCAGCAGCCACCUGGAGACGGCGUCGUCCGGCGGCGACACGGACGUGCACACGCCCAUGCUCAAGUCGGCCUUCUCGGCCUCGCGCGAGUUCGAGAGCUCCCGCGACGAGUUCUUCAAGCAGGUGUCAGCGCCCAAGAUGCGCGGCGUCCCCAAGACGCCCACGGACACCCUGAGCCACCGCGGCGGCGCCCCCAAGGAGGACUACGGGCGCCCGGGCGAGCCCUUYGGCCUCAAGGCCACGCGCUCCGUGGACGGCCCAGGGCCGGGCGAGCCGCCCUUGCUGGACGACUACAAGCGGAGCUACCCGCACCAGCGYGUGGAGGAGCGCGGCGCGGCCGCCCGCAAGCACCCGCGGCCCGAGGGCUCCUACGCGCAGGAGCCGCCCUCGCCGCCGCCGCUGCCUCCCCCCUUCGAGCACUACGGGGGGCCCAAAGGGGAGCCCAAGGCGGCCGAGUUCCUGCUCUCGCAGUCGGUGGAGCAGCUGGCGCGGCCCACAUCGCUGAGCCAGCCCGGGCAGCUCAUCUUCUGCGGCGCCAUCGACCACGUCAAGGAGGACGUCUACAGGAACGUCAUGCCCACCCUGGUCAUCCCGGCGCACUACAUGCGCCUGGCGGCCGACUACGGCGCGGGUGAGGCGCCGGCCGGCGCGGGGCCGCCCGAGGGGCCGCCCGAGCUGGAGGGCCCGCCGGGGCCCAACGCGGCGCCCGUCUUCGGGGCGCCCGAGCCGCAGCGGCCACUGCUGCCGCCGGCCUUCCCGCUGGCACCGCAGGCGUUCGGCGCGGGCGAGGAGGGCGAGGGGGCCGGCUGGGGCCCGCACGGCGCCUCGGUCAGCGGCUCCGUCACCAUCCCCGUGCUCUUCAACGAGUCCACCAUGGCGCAGCUCAACGGCGAGCUGCAGGCGCUCACCGAGAAGAAGCUGCUGGAGCUGGGCGUCAAGCCGCACCCGCGCGCCUGGUUCGUGUCCCUCGACGGGCGCUCCUCGCAGGUGCGCCACUCCUACAUCGACCUGCAGGGCGGGGACAGGAGCCACGGCGGCCCCGACGGCGCCGGCGACGCCAAGCCGCGGCGGCGGCCCAAGGAGGACCCCGAGGACGACAUGACCGAGCCCGGCGACGAGCCCGGCGACCGCAAAAGCCCCUGGCAGAAGCGGGAGGAGCGGCCGCUCAUGGUCUUCAACGUGAAGUAA